AUGGUAACGUCGGUUGCUCAACUUCAGCUCAAGAUGGCGGACGAAGAAACGCUUGAAAGGCGACCUUUUUCGUGUCCUGUUCAACCGCUCACCGAUAGAAAAUUGAGCGCGGAGAAGCUUCCUAACUUAAGACCGUUUUCUAUGGGUGCCGUAGAGGAAGACGAUGAAGGUGAAAUGUCAGAAGAACUUCUAGAAGAAAUUUUGAUUAAGCGUGCAAGUGGCGGAGAUAACCUUGCUAAGUUUCAACUCGGACAAUUCUAUUUUGAGCGGGAAAUUUAUGAUAAAGCUUUGAUCGCAUUUGAAAGAAUCAAAGGCAAAGAUUUUCAAGCUAAAUAUCAACUUGGAGUGAUGUAUUAUGAUGGCAUCGGAACAAAAUCAUAUCCGGUGAGCUUGUCUAGAUCAAGGAAACAGGACUUGAGUUUACUUUAUUCUCACACAAUAGAGUGAAUUCUUGAUCAUGUCCUUUAUUGGUAGCUGGUGAAGUCGCCCACUGAAAAGUCACCUCGCUGAAGUUAUGUCGCCUGAACCCCGAAGUCUAUUAUAAGCGCGAAUACAUAGCCACUAAGCCGAGAAAGCACUUUAUAAUGUGUAUUUGUUGUUUUUUAAAUUAACCUGUGGAACCAAAUACUGUAGAGGUGAGCGUAAAAAGACAGUGACUGCAUAACAAUAUAGGUCAGUAGCAUCAGGCGACAUGAAUUCUGGAGGGUUGUUCGAGAUGACUCUUGGGCAACUUUAACAAAAACUACACUCUAUCAGAUACCACCAACUAUGUGAAGGUUUGGGUCUUUUCAAGCAGAUCAGUCUAUAAGCUAGGUUUUAAAAUUGAAGGAGAUCAGUUUUGGUAUUACCUAGCCAAAAGGAACGGUAUGAAUAGUUUGUCUGGGUUAGGGUUGAAACAAUUUUAUUGCUGCCCUAUCUCAGACACCUGUCUAUGGUUGGACUGCCAAUUGCAGCUGAAUAUGUUGGUGAAAUGAGGAAAUAGGGAAUUUAUUUAAUGCAACUGAAAUGAUCAUUUCCUUAAUUCACAAGUAUGCAUUUGAUUACCUUUUAAUACCAUGGGUGACAAAUUGUAAAUGCUCUCAAACAAUUUUUUGGUUUUUCACAAUUUAAUAUUUCUCUUUCUUGAAUAGGAGAUGGGAUUUCAGUUGCUCAAAGAGGUUGCAGAAUCUACCAAUCCUGAUGCAACUCAUCUAAUUCCCUUUGCCCAGUAUAAUGUUGGCAGAGCUUAUUAUGAAGGGUUUGGAGUCAAACAGUCAGAUGAAGAGGCAGAGAGAUGGUUCCUGGCAGCUGCUCAAGAUGGGGAUCCCAAUGGCAGCAUCAGGGCACAGACAGUCCUUGGUCUGUUUUACUCACGAUCAGGAGAGGAUUCCUUUGACUUAGACAAGGUUUGUACCAGGAGGGCUGGGUGUUGCUCCCUUAUAUAAGUUAUUUAAGCAAUAGAAACCGUUUUCUGUGUUUUCAUAGCCUGAUAUACACAUGAGAGUGAUUUGGAGAAUAUGAGACAGUUAUGCAAACCCGAGACGAAGUCGAGGGUUUGCAUAACUGGCGAGAAUUCUCUCAAUGCCUCGAGUGUCUAUAUCAGGCUAUGCAAAUACAGGAAAAAAGGUUUCUAUUGCUUUUAUAAAUUAACUUUUCCGAGAACAAAUGCAGACUGAAACUCUUUUUUAUGACCCUGAUUAAAAGAGAAAUUCUUAUCAGUCACGAAGUACUGUGCACAAAGUCUCGCAUGCGUUAUCAGUUCUUUUUUUUACAAAAAAGACAAAAGAGAAGCUUUCCAAAAUACCGAUUUUUCUCGCUUGAAAUCUCAGUUAACUGAAAAUAGAAUUGAUACAGCAUGUUUUGUAAUGAUUUUCCAAGUUUCAACCAACGAGGGAAUUGGUAAAUAAAGUAAACUUGUCGAGCUUUCAACUCAAAAACUUUUUCAAAUUCAUGCUUGCGAGAUUAGGGUGCAAAAAACAAAACUAGUUGCAGAUGUGCCUCUUGUGUCUCUCGUUCCUCUCGGCCAAUCAGAGUGCACGUACUAUCUUAGUUAUUUUAUAAAUAGGUAUGUGCCACCCCAAAGGGUACGGUUUUUGCACCGUUUUGGUCUGAAAAUGGGUAUAGACUUUGCCCAUUUUGGUCUGGAAUCAGGUAUGGUUUUUGAGGAAACUAUACAGGAGUCACGUAUUUAUUGUUUCAAUUCCAAUUGAAUAAGAAAGAAAGAGAAAUAUGGGAAUUCAAAAUGGAUUUUAAGAAAUCUUUUUUUGUCAGCAUUCUAAUCUAAGUAAUGAUGACAAUUUCUUAGAGUACAGGUCUGAAAACUGGUGCACAAAAAUGAAAUUUUUUAGUCUGAAACAGGUCAGGAGUUGAAGAACCAGGUGGCACACCCCGACCAAGAAUUCCAAGGAGUGCCCCCUAGGGCCCCUAGGCCCCUCCCCAAGUUCCCUCCUCUAUGCACAGUUUUAAACUCAUGUAAAACACUGGGUAUUUGCUUCAAUUGAUUUUAAAUCAUAGUUUGAUUUCCUUGCAGGCUUAUUUCUGGCACCAGGAAGCCACAGGAAAUGGAAGUCUUGAGUCACAAGGUAGGUUGAGAAUUGCCAGCUUGAGCUGAGCAACUUCACCUUCACUCAUGAGCAGACCUCCGAGCAGAAUGGUGCGGGCGUUUAUAAGUCGAUGAGCUUUGUUACCUAAAAAUGUUUGAUUAUUUUACAAAAUUUACCGUAAAAUUCCGAAAAUAAGCCCCAGGGCUUAUAUUUUUCAAAGGCCCUUUUUGAGGGGCUUAUCUACGGAGGGAAAUUUACGUUUCAAAAUCGAUUAGGCUAGCCUUAUAGUUGAAGGAAAUUUACCGUUUUUGCUUUGUUUUACUUUGUAUUUGAGGGCAAUUUCCAAGUACAAGCCCCCGGGGGCUUAUAUUUUGAGGGACGAUUUAACGGAGGGUUUUUGAAGGGCUUAUAUUUGGAGGGGCUUAUACAUGGAUGGGCUUAUUUUCGGAAUCUUACGGUAUUGUGGUUCAAAAGCCUCUUUUUAAUUAUGUUGUCCACUGUAAUCUUAUUCGAUCUUGUUGUAGGUGCUUUGGGUGUUAUGUUUGAAUAUGGCAUUGGUGUUCGGCCUGACCGCCAAGCUGCAUUUAAGUGUCUCAAAGAGGCUGCAGCCCGGGGAAAUGUUUAUGCUCAAGGCAACUUAGCUGUCCUUUAUUUCAGAAGAAAACUGUUAAACAAGGCUGCUGAUGUAGCCAGAAGGUACUGAACUAGUUUAAAAAGAAUUGUAAUCUUUUCAAACAACCUGGAAAAUAAUAGCAACAGUUCUACUGAGGGAGAUAGUGGGAAAAAAACUCCGUAGGAAUUGGCUCACCAAAUGAAAAGUAAAAAAUACACAUUUCGGAGUCUUCUUUGUUGCUUGGAAACGCCGGGGGAGGCACUUAAGGGAAUUUAGGGUAGAGGUGUGCCGCUGAGGCCUUCAGACCCCGACCCUGUUAAAGACAAAAAUCGUUCAUGUCGCCCAUACCCUGUUGUUGUUUUUCUCGCCAGUUCUGCCUACCGUCCACACGUACCCAGUGAAAACGGUCACCGAAAACGCAUCUUUUCAAAAACUCUCUUCGGAGUGGAGAUUUUUGAAAACGCGCGGCUUCUCGCUUACCUGCGGACGGACGAAAACGGAGGUUUUCGAAUACGAUGAUGUCGUACAUCAUACACUACUAGUGUUACGCAUGUUCCGUAAGGGAUGCUAUCGUUCUUUUUAGCGUUUUCGUGUGGACGGGCGAAAACGAUUCGAAUACGCUACGUGUGGACGCGUAUUUUUUUUUUUUUUUAAAACGGAGUAAAUAAAUCUCCGUUUUCAAAAAUAUCUGGAUACGUGUGGAUGGGCCCCCAAUUUCAUGACCCUGAUUCAUUUCGUCUCACACACACAAGUAGAGAAGGUAAUUUUUUUUCUUAUUCCGUGGGUUAAGCCCUUGGGCCGUAUUUGGCUUACCUCUUACUUGCAGUCUAUUUAAAGUUAAGCUAUAGUGUUGCGGUGCUAGCUACACCAUGUCCUAAGCAAAGAUAGUUAAAUUUUCAUUACAAAAUAUCACAAUAAUUUCUACAACUCUAUUGGAUGAAACUGGACUAUGUAUCCUCAAAAAUCAUUUCCAAAAGCACACAGGCGGAUCACAACUUCUAACAGGUUGAGGCGCUACGGUAACCUUAUAUAACGCAUAUUACAGUUAUAAGCGUUUAGAACAGUUAACGCCUCAACAGUUAACAACAUGUACUAGUAACGGCUCUCUACAAGACCGCUAGAAUUAUAUUGGUUUUAAUAUUUUUAUCAGCGAACGCAAGAUAAACUGGCUACAAAACCCUCACGUCACAAUAUCGUGUUGGCGGAACAGUAAAAUUUUGAAUAAAAGGGUGAAUGAACUGAAGACUAACCUUUUGGUUUUUCCAGACAUCCAAACACAGCGCAGGUAUCAAGCAAUUCCCUUCUCUGCCUUAUACAGAGCUCGGUAUUGUCUUGCGAUUUGUUUUAAUGAUUAUCUUGUUCCUGAAUUUUGAGACUUGAGAAGAUACCACGUCGGCGAGGGCGGGGAAAACGUAACUUAAAAAGUAACUGCGCGUUCUUUCAAUCUCUAUCGCUAUUAUUCCAACUCGCUUACUUUGUCAACUGCAAGCGAGCUAUUCUGGAAUUGUAUUCCUAAGAACAAAAUCAAAGUUUUGAAAAAAUGGAAAGAAAAUCUCUUCGUUUUCACGUCGUAGCCGUGCAGUGACGAUAAAGAAAUGUACAAAAAGCGUGAUGCGCGUACAGAGUUGUUGUUUUGUCUUAGGCCCUGUCCACACUAAUGCGUUUUCAAAGGUAUGUGUUUUCGUUGACAUCGAAAACGCAUCGAUGGAUUCGCGUCCACACUACCGUUUUGAUGCGUUUUAGACUGUCCACAGUGACACUAAUGCGAUGAAAACGUGAAUUCACUGUAUAAGCGACGUUUUCGCUGCCGUCGCCUUCCUCGCAUUUUAAGGGCCCUAACGGAGCCUUGUUUAAUUUGCUCUGUGUUCUGUUCAAUGCAUCUAGUGUUGGGGAGCAAGAUGACGUUGAAGGCCUUGCCCUUGAGACGGACUGUCUUCCACAGUAUGUAGCUAAAGGAAUCGCUUUAGGAUGCUUUGUGUACGGUCGCUGUCUGCAUCAUGGGUUAGGAGUUGAACAGGACAGGGAACAGGCGAGAUAUUGGUACUCAAGGGUAUGUAUACCUAUCUUUGUACGUAUGGCAAUGUCACAAAAAAUCAUGUUCCAAAAUUUAUUAGUGGAGACCUUUAGAUUCUAAGACGAGUACGACUACGAGUGCGAGAUUUUCUCAAUACCAAGUAGUGCCUGAACCAGCGUUAUUUUGGCGGGAAAACGUGAUAGCCGUCGUCAUUCUUCUACGAGUUUUAGUGAGAGAAUGUCGUAGUGUGCGGAAACAAUUUAUCAAAUGUUGGCAGUUUUAUCAUUUUGGGAUCGGAAGAAACCGGAUUAACCUCUUUCAGUAAAAAUAACAGUGCCAACUAUCGUUGUAAAAAAACGUAUGAUGAAGCUUUCCGGGGUAUAUAUGUUUUUGAGGAUACGCGAAAAAACGUGAAAUUAAAUCUAGUACUCGUAGUCGUACACAUCCUAGAAUCUAAAAGUCUCUAUUGGUAACCGACAGACGAACGUAUUUUGUUGGAAACAUUCAGCACUUGAAUCUGUUAGACUACAUUUCUUGAUGUGGCAACGCCUAGAAAGAAACUACCGAACUCUAAAAUGGUCUAAAAUUGUGAAUAGACUUUAGAGCCAGUUGCGUCACCAUCAUAAACCUAAGCUCGGUGUCCUUAUAAAGGUCCUGUGACGAUAACCUUUACUUUUUCGUUUGCGUUGUAAGGUUGGCUGAGUUUAGUGAUCUAGGAGAAAUCUCCGUCGCUGAAUAUCCAUAGGCAAGAGAGGAUAAAGCCAUGUUACUCGUUAACAGAAUAAACUAACUGGCGAAAUAUUGCAGCCGGCUCAAAGUUAUCAAAUGCGUGUAUUAACCCUUUGUAAGUGGUCUUAGAAGUCCGGACUAACAAUUCAGGUUCACGUCUGGCUUUAUCACCUCUUUUCAGUUGAAACAGUAGGCUGUAUUGUAUCUUGUAAUUUUUUUUUUCCUUAACAGGCUGGCUCUUUUGAUCUGGAUGUGGUCGCCCGUCUCCAAGAUCAAAUGACGUACGGUUAUAUUUGAGACUUCUCCUACAAACCAUGCUGGCACGUUUCAGGUUGCUUGUAUUUAUUUUUCAUCGUAGGAUUUCUUGUCGAUGCUUUUACUGAAGCAAGAAAAGAGACAAAGGGCGAGAAACCUAAAGGCGAGCUUUUUUUUCUUCGCUUCAAAAAUCACGACUAUUUUCAAAAAUCCUAGUUUCAUCACAGUUACGCCCUCGUCGAAAAGAAAUCUAAAUUACUAAUAGAGAAGGUAUUGUCUUCUAAGUCUUGGUUUGUUAUAAGCAGUUAAGAACUAUUGUAAAGAAAAGGACGCUUUCCUCCCUUUCUCUCUCUUUUGUUAGGUUUGGUAAGUUAUUGAUAAAUUCAUUGCUCUAAAUUUUUUCUUCGUACAUCCUUACGCUAUAGUUUUCCAUCCUUUUUUGAACACAAUUGCUCAUUCCUUGAAUUGCCGCGUGGGGCCUGAGUUUUAGUUCUUGUGAAACUUCUUCACGUAAUAAUAUUUCAUUUAGUAUCGAAACAACGGGUGCCUCGAAAGCGACCUGGCAGAGCCGAGAUAAAAAAGAAAAAAAAACGACUUCGAAAGUGUUUUACAAAAGCGGCGUACCGAUUCUUGUAAGAUAAUUUUUCGUUACAAGUUACAGAAUGGCUUAUGAAUUUGGUGGAUAGUGAACUGCGACCGAUAUACAGGUCAGAUGUAAUUUCAAACCUUCUUUGCAUUGAUUUCCUCUUACUGUUCUCCCAACAAGAAUGAUUAUUGAGUUUAAAAGUCACCUUUCUAUUACCUGUUUUCGCUGUGUCCAAAGUUGCCGUUUCUUUACGCCUUUAUGCCUUAACCGUACCAAUCAUUCAUCGAAGUGAAACUGAAAAAAAUGAACGUGUAAAUAUUUUUCACGAACUUGACAGUUGUACAUGAACUUUUGAUGAAGAGCUGUAAAUAUGUAAAACAGGAAAAUUAGUAGGGUAUUUUUAUGGAAGUAAAUAAAGUUGUGUCCACAUUG